UGUGGGUGUGGCCGAAUGCUAAUUAACAUGUCUGAUUGUGUGGGUGUGGCUUUCUCUGGAUUCACAACAGGCUCUUGAUUUAAACCUGAGGGAGAAAACCACAGUGUUUUUUGAUCGGUGAAAGACUUCCGUGCUAAAGUCGGUUUGAUUAAGUGAUGGCUGCUGUCUCUGCUCAAGAGCUCUCUGGAGGUGUAUCAGAUGUACAUUCACAGGCACCGCGACACACCGCUCGGCUCUUCCAUCAGGACCAACAGUUUCAUCGACAGCCCUUUUACAUUCCCAACACUCAACCUGUCCUGCCAUGUCAAUGGCCUCUGUCUGCUCCGUAUGUGCCCUACACAGGAUUCCCUGGCUUAGGUUAUGGGAUGGUGAUGCCAUCAUUAGUCUUGCCUCCGUGUCUGGACGUCUCUGGAUACAUGCUUCCUCAUACCCCGCUGCACAUGUUGGAUCACAGACGUGUGAUGAACCCUCACCUGCCUCCAAAUAUCUCCCACCAGGCCAAUCGCUUCCACUCUCAAAAUGGCGUGCCCCACAAUCGCGUGAUGGUCAGCACUGAGGUUCAAACCGAGCCUCUGUGUCGCAGCUCUGCACAAGACUCUCACGCGGGCUCCGAGUCGGGGAGAGGAACGGGUUGUGACAGUCCAGUGUCUGCGUCCAUCAGCUUCGCUGAAAACCACUCUGGAGCUUGUGCUGAAGAUACGCCCGUGUUCACUCACAACAAAGUUGUGUCCAACAAUACCAUCAACACGACUGAUGUGUCUGCGCUUCACAAAAGUGAAAUCCUCGUCCAGGCAGAACGGGUGCAAAUCAAAUGCAGUCAAACGCCUUCCACAUUAAAGAUGAUUCGAACCAGUGAAAACCCGGAGCUCACCUGUAAUGACGCCGGUGAUCUUCUGCAAUGCAGCGUGGGGUCCAUCCUCUCCGAGGAUGUUGUUUUGUGCUCUUACCGCUCAUUGGCUAUUAGAAAAAAUAAACAAGGUGUUGAUGCUGGACACUUGGGAUACUCGAGGAAGCAUUGCCUCCCGGUUUGUAAGGUUCGCAUGUCUCCGUCAUGUGCAGCGUGUCCUAAACUAAACGCGUCGAAUGUUAAGAGCUUUGAAGCAGAUAAAAGCUGUGGGAUGCAGAGAACCUGUAACCUUAAGAAGACCAAACAGAACUUUAAGAUUCUGCGGCUGCCCUUUGACACUCAGACGUACAGUCAGCUGGAGGCUUCAGUCUGGUCAGUGGAGUCUCUGGUGCCAUACGUGCCGUCCAUUCUCAGGCCUCCUAAAACUCCAGAAAGUCACACUGUUCCUGUAGGGAGGAAUCGACACACCACUGAGUCGACUAAACGUCACCAUCGAGAGUUCCGUAUGUGCCGCUCCCCAUACAGCCCUUCAACGACCUUUGACACGCAGACGUGCCGCCAGCUCGAGGCUUCCAUGUGGUCAGUGGAGUCUCUGGCGCCGUAUGUGCCGUCUGGCGACUGGAUGAUCGGGAAAGGUCAUGUGACCCCUCAGAAGUGUCCAGAGAGUGAUGCUAUUCCCCUAGUGAAGAAUCGACAUAGGGAGUCAACUAAACGUCACGGCUCUCCACACCGCCCUUCAACAAACUACAGUCAGCUGGAGGCUUCAGUCUGGUCAGUGGAGUCUCUGAUGCCGUACGUGCCGUCCAUUCUCAAAACUCCAGAGAGUCACGCUGUUCCUGUAGAGAACAAUCGACAUACUUUUGAGUCCACUAAACGUCAAGAGUUGCAUAAGUGUGGCUCUCCAUACCGCCCUUCAACAAGCUGGCUGGCUGACUUGGGGAAUGUUUAUUACUACAGUAAAUUACCUGCUUUGCAGCAAAAGCUCAGUGGUUUCUGUAAAUCUCCUGUUGAAAAGCCUGCACCUGAAGGGAAGCAGACCUGUAGUCCUGAAUUAUCUCUUCUCAAACAGGAGAAGAUGAGGAGGAAACGAAGAUCAUCAGGCAGGAAUGAGUGUUCCGGCACCGCUGGCGUGAGCUGUGAAUGCGUUUCUCAUUACUCAAUGCAAAUGCCACACUGCUUGUGUAAAACUGAUCCUAAACUUUCAGAUUCUCAUUCCUGCAGAAGACACGAGAGCGCUGGUGUCAGGACCGAUCAUGAGACACAAAAGAUGAUUUUAGGAAGUCAUUUGAUGAAACUAAGAGAACAAUCUGACCUGUGUGAAGACUGCAGAUGUCUUCAUUAUGAUGAUGAUGAUGAUGGUUGUGUGUCAUGGAGAUGGAGAGGUACAACACGAGGAGAGAAGAAAAUGCAGAUAAACACGAGCGGUCAGCGUGUACACCUGAUGAAUCGAGUGAAAGCACAUUAAUAUUACAAACAUCAUGUAAAUGUAUGAAAUCUUUUAUUCCGUGAUUUA